CUCAUUGUUUUAUUGUUAAGCGAUGAAUUUCGAUGGAGGGAACGAAAACGAACCAAUGAAGUAAUAAGAAAGGAGCACCCCAUGAGGCGGCUUUUGUCUAAAUCCUUCAACAAUAAUGCAUACUGCCAUCGUCUUUUUUACUCAUUGACAAGUUGAGUUCCCUGUGGUUCAGUCGGUCGCGAUUUGUCGUGUAUGUGGCGUGCCGGGAAAAUUGUUGAUGACUUUGACGUAUUUUUCUGAAUAUGUGAAUAGUAUUAUUAAUUCCAAGCAACUGGUUGGCUUUCUCCAUUACAUUAUAAACAGAGAAAACAUUCCUGAUUGUACAAGUACGCGUACUUCGUUGUGUAUAUACCUAAAAUUGGCAUUCCAUGUGCGUUGAUAAUGGUUGCGAAGAAAUUACAAACCAAUCCCAGAAUAUUAUUGACGAUAUGCAUUGCUGUGGCGGGAUUUUUCAUAUCGAUAUCACAUUACAUAUUCAAUUUGAUUUAUACAGUUCAGCCUACACCUUAUCUGGACGAAAUUUUUCACAUUCCACAAGCCACAAAAUAUUUUCGUGGUUUAUUUCAUGAGUGGGACUCAAAAAUUACCACUUUGCCUGGACUAUAUCUUCUUUCUGUGGGAGUUUUGAAGCCUGUGUCAUGGCUAAUUGGAAAAGACAUAUGCAAUGUUUAUGCUCUUCGUAUUACAAAUUUGACUGCAUGUGUCGCAAAUUAUUACUUAUUAUAUACCAUUCAGACAAAAUUACAGCAAUCAAGAAAGGAUGUUCCUACAUUGUGUUUAGAUCUCCUAUCUGUGGUCAAUAUGGCAUCGUUUCCAGUUCUCUACUUCUUCACAUUCCUGUAUUACACAGAUACUGUGUCAAUAAUGCUAGUUCUCCUUACAUAUUUGCUUCACUUAGAAAAAUGUAACAUUCUGGCUGCAGCAACAGGCUUGGUGUCUAUUGCUGUGAGGCAGACAAAUGUUAUCUGGGUGGCUUUCUUUGCUGCUCAGACUGUAGCACAGAUAUUAAAGAGACAAUUCUCAAUACAGAAGAGGAAGAUGAUAUGGGAAAUGUUGCGGCACAUUUGGAAACGUGGUGUGAAUACAUUUUCGAACUUUGUUACUGCUCUUCUUCAAGAAAUGUGGGGUUACAUCAUAGUGUGCUUUGGUUUCCUUGUUUUUAUUUACAUGAAUGGUGGCAUUGUAGUUGGUGACAAGUCUGCUCAUGAAGCUGUU